AUGGACACCCAGAGCCCCAUAUUCAUCGGCUCCCAGGUAGGUGGGAGCACCGUCGUGAACUACGCCUACACCGACCAGCCCUGGAAGCUACUCGCCUGGGACGUCUACAAUUUUUUCCGCUAUCUCCCAGCUUUCCCGUGGGUGGUCGCGCCUCUCCGACCAUAUGAUUCGGGUCAUUUGAGCGAGCUUUCGCCGACGCCUCGGAACAUCUGGUGCCUCUUCAUCCACAGUAUCUUGUUUGUCCUCCAGGCCGGCUUCAUUCUCUCCCUACCACUCGCUCUAUUCCUGCCUGUAUGGAUUUCGAUAGUCGCGAUCAGCACCUUCUUCGCUGUGAACGGUGCCAUUUGCUCUCUCCUGAACGGGAAGGGAGAUAUAACGUAUACAUCGGAUGAAAAAUAUGCGCCGGCUCUGCCUGAGCAUGCCCAUGAGCAGUGGAUAUUCGUCAACGGUGUAUCGGUCGGGGAACACUGGCUCAAGAAUAACCUCAAUCGGCUGGCGCUCACCUUCAAGCGUCCUGUCCUGGGAAUCCAUAAUAGGACUUGGGGUAUCCUAUUCGACGUAGUCGAAUGUCUCGUUCAACGUAAUUUGGGAUACGCCACGUACGACACUCGGGUGUGUUAUCGGGUCGUGAAAGAGAAGUUGUACGAUCCUAAGCUGUCCAAGGUCGUCCUCAUCCUCCACUCGCAGGGAGGCAUCGAAGGCGGUAUGGUGGUGGACUGGAUCCUCCAAGAGUUACCUCAGGACCUUCUUUCCAAGCUCGAGAUAUACACGUUUGGGAAUGCAGCCAACCACUUUAAUAACCCCCACCGGCACCUUGUUUCCCAGCAGCUUGCGAAGCUAGACCCGGACUCUGCUGUCGAAACGAUGACGACCACCAUCACGCAAUCUUCCCCAGUCAGCAGCCCGACAGGAGAGGAUUUCUCAAGUAGCCCACAACCUCAGAGCAAGCGCAACUCAAUGACAUCGAUCCAGACCCAGUCGGCAGCUCAUGACCGCGCCAUUGCCCAUAUCGAGCAUUAUGCUCAUGUAACCGACUUUGUGGCGCUAUGGGGUAUCUUGCACUUCGCAACGUCUUCUUUGGCAUCGGCCACUGUCCCGAGAUUCAUAGGGCGUCUGUUUAUUCGGUCGUCGAAACGUGGCGGGCACCAGCUUUGCCAACAUUACCUUGAUGGAAUGUUUCCACUCGAGAAGGACUCGAAAACGGGGGAGUUUGUCGGUGCGGCUGAGUCGAGCGAAUUUAUGGACAGCAUCGUGCAGUUGGGGCUGGAGGGCGACGCAUCGAAGAAUGCAAGAGAGGCAUUUUCGAUCAGCUGGCUCGGAGACGACGGGUUCGGCAGCGGCAGUGUUCUCGAUGAAGUCGAUGUUCACGAUGAUACUAGAAUGAAACUGCAGGAUGGCAAGGUGGUCAGAGUAAAGGAUCUCAGUCGGCUGUGGCUUUACAGGAAUGGGCAAUGUCCGGAAGACUUUCCGCCGCUCCUGAUUGCGGAACCCGAGGACCUGGCAGACGGGCAAGAAGAAAAGUAG